AUGGGGGGGAAAAAUAAACAGCGAACUAAAGGAAAUGUUCGGCCGUCCAGUAGCGGCCGGGCUGCGGAGGUGUUAACCCGGGAAGGUGGCGCGAUCCCGGGUUUCGUUGGCUUCGAUACAACGGUGUCCUCGGAGUUGAGCUACGUGCCUGCUUUCCAUGGCGCAGAGGAGCUUGACAGUCUGGUCGAUGCAGACUUCAGACUGGUUCUUCGAAAACUAUCGAAGAGGGAUGUCGUCACCAGAUUGAAAGCUGUACAGGAUUUUGGAUCGAUGUGUCAGGAGCGUGACGCCGAAGAUGUAAAGGGUGUCCUUCCUUACUGGCCUAGAAUUUACUGCAAGAUUUCAGUGGACCAUGAUCGUCGGAUCAGGGAGGCCACCCAGUUGGCCCUUGAGCAGUUGGUUCUGAAAGUGCGUCGCAGUUUGGCUCCAUUCCUGAAGAGCUUGAUGGGCCACUGGAUCCUGUCCCAGUGCGACACCUACACACCGGCAGCCUCCGCCGCGCGUCGAUCUUUUCAGUCCGCUUUUUCGGCUGUCAAGCAGCCGGAAGCCCUUAGCUUUUGCAAAGACGAGAUCUUUAAUGUCCUCCAGGACAUUUUAUUGAAGGAUACUGCAGACACACUCAGUGAUCCUCAAACUUUGACAGAGGAGGAGCGAGAAGCCAAAUAUACGCGAAUGCUAACUAGCUCACUUUUGGGAGUGAAGAGAUUGCUUUCCCUGUUGCCUCAAAAUGACAUGGCUGCCAUGCAACAGAGACUUGCUCAUCUUGUCAGUCCUGCAAAGUUCUGGAAGUACAGCAGACAUAAAACACCUCAGGUCAGAGGGGCUUUCUUCGAGAUGCUAUGUGCUGUGUGUGAGUUUACGCCGAGCCUUGCGCAAAAUGAGGCAGCACGUCUCUGUCCAGCUGUUCUCCUCAGCAUCGACGACACAGAUCCACUGGUGCUUCCAGCUGUGUGGGAAGCUGUUCUUCAUGUGGUGUCUUCCAUACCUGACUGUUGGACACACGUCAACCCAAAGAAGGGCUUUCUGCCAAAGUUGUGGGCUCUUUUAAAAGAAGGGGGCAAAGGCAUGGCUAAAGCUCUUCAUCCUAAUUUGAUGCCAUUGCUCAGUAAACUGCCUGAACAGGUGACCGAUGUACCUUUGGAGUUCUACACGACUUUCUUCACUUCACUCAUACUUGGUAUUUCCAGUGAACGAGCAGCCAAUAGCCCUUCAGAAAGUGCUGUGAUUGUGUCGGCCACCAUAGAGUGCUUGAGGUUCUGCUUACUGCGCCAUUCAGCGGAGGAGGAGGAAGAAGACGUACCGGAGGAUCAGGCCAAAAUUCGAAACAUGCUUAUUUUACAACAGCUCUUGCCACUACUUGAAAGCGCAGUUGAGAACCCCACCCUUCAGAACGGGCCCCUGUUCCCGUUGGUCACUGAAAUGCUUGUUUCUUGGGAGAAAAGAGCCGGCGGCGAUUUGAAAGCCCACAAAAACGUCUUUGGAGGACUUGUGGCAGACUUCUGGGAGGAGCUCGGUCUCGUGUUUACGCGCCACACAGAUUGUGAGGAAGCCGAUCCACAAGCUUUGGAGGGGAUCGCUGUCUUGCUGCAGGUGAUGCGCGACCCAGAGAAAGUGAACAGAAGGCACACAAUCAAGAAAAAGUCAGUCAAGAUUUGUUUGUCUGAGUCUGGAGGUAGUAGCAAGCCCAGCGUGGAGGGAAGUGAGACGAUGAAGACUGAGCCUGCGCCGGCUAAUGUUUACGGAUCCCCGCAGACCCACCAUUUUGAGGAAGUGGUGUGCCAGCUAGCGCAAUUGUGCCUGGUACAUGUAAAUGAGAGAAACUCGGAGAGACAUCUUGUCUUCCUUUCCCAUCUCUUGCAGUCUUUUCACACACACAAAAUCUUCACUACGUUGGUCGAAUUGGAUGACUGCGUCAAAGAUUGCAGCGAGAAGAGAGUGGACAAUCCGGCUGUGCGCUUCCUGCUGGAACGAGCGGUGCCGUGGCUUGCCGAUGAGACUCGGACAGACACGGAGCACCUUGUGGAGAUGGUCUUUAGUUCACUGUCUUGCUGCAGCCGCCAGGAGACCACGCGUAUCCUCGACCACAUUACAAUGAUGGAACUACACUGCGGAAUCACUCACCAAAUCAUCCAAAGAGCUUGUGUUGACCAAGACACGCUUGCCAGUUGUAGAGACUGGCUCAAAGGUUCAAUUCUGGGCGAGCAUCUCUGCAAAUUAACCAAGGAGCUCUGCAAGGUCUGCUCCACCUCUGCUUCAUCCAGCAGCCGCCACAGUUGGACACUCAUCAGCCUGGUUCUAUCACAACACAACAACAAUGAACCUCUGAUUGGAGAGAUGUACAUGGAGAAGAUACUUGAGAAUCUGCAUGCAACGCUGUCUGAGACCAAGAGUCUGUCAGACGCUGGCAACAUAGAGCCACUUGUCUCCUUCAUUUGCGACGUGACUUCCACCUUUUUCUCUUCUGUACAAAACUGCCUGCUUCUCCCUUCUGCUGAGGAACUGCUGCUCACAGUCUUCCAGCUCAUCGCCCAAGAUCAAACACACACUUAUCUGUCAGACACCCUUUUAGACAAAAUGGGGAAGGUAUGCAUUGCCGGUGUACAGUCCCUGGUCCAACACGCUCAGAAUGAAGUGGUCCAUGGUGGUUUCCUGCACAGUGCCGCACUCUGGGUGCAGACAAGACUACUCACUGUGUCUUUAGAUAUCAAAAGUUUGCAGUAUUUGGCUCUGGCUGUACAGAGCAUAGUGGAGACUAUCACCUCUAUCUGCGAUCAAGACUCCGCCCUCCUUUCCCAAUUCUUUACCCACUUGAUCCCCAGUGUUACUAGUUGGGCAAAACUCAGGCAGGCCCUGCCUUCACAUUGGGUCAACACACCUUUGCUGGCUGGCCGUUUCAGGGGCGUUUUUGAAACGAGCAGUGAGGGGAAAUUCAAAGUGAAAAUGCCGAAUGCCUUACCAGCCCAUUUAUGUACAUGUGCGCUGCUUGGAAAGGUGACUCGUGCUGCCUCACUAUCAAAUUGCAACCAACAGAGUGACAAGUGCCAGUCACAGCUACCGAACCUGAUAGACACAGUGGCAGAGCUGCUGUAUGCACUUCAGUGGUGUAAGGAGGUGGACUAUGCACCUGCUAUUGUGUCCACCUAUCACAGCCUUCUCACUGAGUGGGGACUGUCAGGGGGUCUGCAUGACUUGGUUGCAACCACAGAUUUGCUGGAGACGCUCUACUCAAGAUCCGUCGAGCAUGGUGGUCUUUGGGCUCUAACACUGGAGAACUACAUCCAAAGCCACAACCUGGCAGACACUCACAGCUCAAGCCUGAGGAAGCUGUACGAGUCAAUGGAUAAUUUGUUGCCGGUAUCUCCAAGCAAACUGAGCACGCUCCAGGUGCUCUGCCCCACUAUAACGGAGGAAGAGCUACAGACUCUGGUUGCCCUGGCCACUGCGGGAAUCAUCAACUGGGAAGAAGACAGCGAUGUGUACAGCAGUGUUGCAGUGCUGCUAUGUUGUCUGCAAGCUGACACACAAGUAGAGGACGAGGUCGUGCUGGCUAUUUUGUCCACCAUGAUGGAGUGGAGGACCCACAAGGAGGAUUGGUUCCUUUUUGGCAGUGACCUUUCUAAAGUGACUACACAACAGCUGAACCUGACAGUGGAAUUGAUGCGUUUCCUGUCCUGGCUGGUGAAACGCUGUCCGACACUGCUCCGAAAUAACCAGUGGGAUUUUUUACUUUGUGCUAUGCUAGCCUGGUUGGAGGCAGCCAGCGACAACGUGAGCUGCCUGUGGAAUCCGUGGGUGCAGCUGUUUGUAUGCGAGAACACCGCUCUGAUUGUCAACUUGAGCCACUUCUUUGCAUCUGCCACGCCUGACGCCCUGGAGAGGCUGCCGUCGGAACUCGUGGCAGAAUGGCAAGAAUUCUUUGUGGAAGGAAUCUACAACUUAUUGUUACCCAUGCCUGUCAAGAUCACAGAUGCCUUCAAAGAACCCGACGACCCCGUCUUUCCUCUGGCGGUGCUGCAGUCGCUCGGUGUGGCUCUGACCUACGUGCCCGUGAAGCAGCUGAACCAGAAUUCCCUGCCGGCAAAAUUUGUAGCGGGCCAGAAGACCAACCUGCCACAGCCUUUUCAAACGCUUCUGAACACUUUCUGUCCUUUGCUGGUCUUCAAGGCCCGACCUCUUCAAGUCACAGUGUACCACUUGUUGGCAAAGGUCAUGCCUGAACUGCCGGAAUGCGACGGAGAAGGAGACAGCGUCAAGUCUGAUGACGAGGGUGACGAGCCAAGCCUCUCUCCUCCGGCUGCUUUGAUGGCUGUUCUGUCAACCUGCGAAGAGUUAUGCGACAGCAUCCUGGCAGGAGUUCAAGUAGGAGAGUUUGCCGUGGUCUCUCCUCAUAGCGUGGAGUACUCGUGCAUUCUGGGAUACCUGCUGGCUUGGAAGCUACUUCUCACAUUUUUCAGGUCGUCACCCUCCCAUCUGCGAGCCAAUUAUGCCCAGUAUCUCAAGAAAACCUGCUCCCUGAACAAACUCCUCCUUCACCUCUUCAAACUGAUGCCUGAGAAUCCCAUCUACCCGGGCCAAACAGCAGAAAUGAGAGACUCCAAAACCUUUUUCACAGAGAAUCUUUCUCUAGCAGUUGACAAAAGGGAUAACAUCGUGCAAGAGCUCUCCCACCUGGCUUGUAGUGUCUUCUAUUGCACAGUGCAGGAUCUGCCUGCUAUGGUGCGGCUGUGGUGGAAUAGUCAGGAAAAGCGCGUGAGUGCUACUGUGGAGAAGUUCACCACCAAGUACGUCAGUCCAGUCCUCUCAGCGCAAGAGAUCUCGUCGGUCCACGACAGCACGCAAAUGUUUGAGAGCAUGUCGGUAAAAGCCCGCUCUGCUGCACGGGAGGUGAUUGCCACCUACUCGGUGGAUGAGAUUUUCAUCGAGCUGGUGAUUCAGCUCCCGCAGAACCACCCACUGGGCUCGGUCGUUGUCGAGAGCGGGAGGCGGGUAGGCGUCUCAGUGCAGCAGUGGAGGAACUGGAUGCUGCAGCUCAGUACAUACCUCACGCAUCAGAACGGUAGCAUAAUGGAAGGCCUGGCACUGUGGAAGAACAACGUGGACAAGCGUUUCGAGGGAAUCGAGGAUUGCAUGAUCUGCUUCUCGGUUAUUCACGGCUCCAACUACUCGCUGCCCAAGAAGGCCUGUCGCACAUGCAAGAAGAAAUUUCACUCCGCGUGCUUGUACAAAUGGUUCACAUCCAGCAACAAGUCCACGUGUCCACUCUGCAGAGAGACCUUCUUCUAA